AUGGAUUCGCACAUUCAUCUCAGUUUAGCGAAUCAUGAAUGGUGCGUGACAAACUCCGAAUGCCUGCUUAUGCGGAGUGUGGAAAGUGUACAAGGACCACCAGAUAUGAUGACUUGUAAACACGCAGAAAGUUCUCAGGCGGUGUCGGAAAUGGACGCGAUAAAACCACGUUUAAAGGAAGAAAUUAUCAAUUACCAAAUUGACUCUAACAGCACUAAUUUAAUGGAUGUCAAUGAUCUUCCCAAUCUGUCUCGUGAAUUGAGGGAGCUUUUCGUGUUACUGUUUAAAACCGCGAAAACAAAACUUGAAACAGAAAAAACACGCGUUUGCGAACAGAUUGACUCCGAUGCGAGAAGCAAAAAUAAUGAAAAGCGAACCGAUAGAGUUCCAAUAUCCUCGAAAAUUGAUGAAAUUCGGAAUUCGAAGGGAGUUAACAGCAAAAAAGAAACGAACGAAGGUUUAUUAUGCACUAGCGUUCUCAAUUCAGAAGCCACAGACAAAACCAAAGUUAAGAGCGGUUCUCUGUCGCAGACUUCUUCGGGAAAAAACGUCAAAAUACAUGACCAACAAAAGAAAACAUUCGUAAAAAUGGCAGAACCAAGAGGAUCAUUGGAUAAUACUAAUUCGGAAAAAGAGUCUAUUGCAAAUUUACCUGUUCAAAAGUCUGGUCAGGCAAAUGAUGGGGAUUGUGGCUCACAAUAUUCUCAAGACAUGGAGUGUGACAGUGAUAUUGAAAUUAUCUUGGAAGAGACGUCUCAUAAAAAAACUACGGACAAGUUACCUCAACCUAAUGUGAACGAGAAAUUUGUUUCAUUGAAUUCACCUGAACAAGAUUUGUUUGUCGAUCAACGGCCUACGCAUGUAGUUCAUAGAGUACGUUUCGCAUUAGACACAAAGCCAUCACCACCACGUUAG